ACCACCCAUGUUUGCAUGCAUGUGUGCACACGACCUCGAACAGGCCACAGACAUAUGGUAUCGCUGUUUGACAGCGGCGCAGCUCUGCGGCGUUUUACGAUCCAGGCACCAACAAUGUCUCUGCGCUACCACAACAAAGUGGCUGUUGUCACCGGAGGAUCCAAAGGCAUCGGCAGAGGGAUCGUUAAAGUGUUCGUGGAGAACGGCGCUAAAGUGGUGUUUUGUGCAAGAGGAGGUGCAGCAGGUGAGGCUCUGGAGGCGGAGUUAAACAAAGCAGGGCCGGGGUCAUGCACUUUUGUCUCAUGUGACAUCUCCAAAGAGGAAGACAUCAAGAGGUUGAUCUCCGUCACCGUGGAGCGUCACGGACACAUCGACUGUCUGGUCAACAACGCAGGCUGGCAUCCGCCUCAUAAACCCACCGACGACACCACAGCCGAGGAGUUCAGAGACCUGCUCAAUCUGAACCUCGUCAGCUACUUCCUGGCCUCUAAAUUUGCGUUGCCGCACCUGCGGCAGCGGCAGGGUAACAUCAUAAACGUCUCCAGUCUGGUGGGAACCAUCGGGCAGAGGGACGCUGCGCCGUACGUCGCCACCAAGGGGGCGAUAAUCUCCAUGACAAAGGCAAUGGCUGUGGACGAGAGUCGCUUCAACGUGAGAGUGAACUGCAUCUCUCCGGGUAACGUGAUGACGCCUCUGUGGGAGGAAUUAGCGGGACAGACUCCAGACGCCGCUGCCGCCAUUAAAGCAGGAGAAAACGCUCAGGCACUCCAUGCACGGCUCGUUCAGGCUCUCCCCUUUUCCAUUAGCUCGCUGCGGUUUGCCAGCUCCUUUAAGGUAAUGAGGGAAAUCAUUAACCGCAACGCAGCAUGCAAGCCGAAGCCCGACCCCUCCUCCCUGGUGUUUGGCAAACAGUUCUCCGACCACAUGUUGACCAUCAACUGGUCGGAGAAGGACGGCUGGGAGGCGCCUCAGAUCAAACCUUUCCAGAACCUGUCGCUGCACCCUGCCUGCUCAGCCCUGCACUACUCCAUAGAGUUGUUUGAAGGCAUGAAGGCUUUCCGUGGCGUCGACAACCACAUCCGCCUGUUCAGACCCAUGCUGAACAUGGAGAGGAUGCAUCGGAGCGCCGACAGAAGCUGCCUCCCCUUGUUUGAUAAAGGCGAGCUGCUGGAGUGCAUCAGGAAGCUGGUGGAGGUCGACCAGGAGUGGGUCCCCUACUCCCAGGACGCCAGCCUCUACAUCAGACCCACCUUUAUAGGAACUGAGCCGUCUCUCGGCGUGUCUCGGGCAGGAAAGGCUAUGAUCUUCGUCAUCGUCGGCCCCGUGGGACCCUACUUCGCCACGGGGUCCUUCAACCCAGUCUCUCUGCUGGCAGACCCGUCGUUCGUCAGAGCUUGGAGAGGAGGCGUCGGGGCUUACAAGAUGGGAGGUAACUACGGCCCGACGAUAAGUGUGCAGAACGAGGCGGUGAAGCGAGGCUGUCAGCAGGUCCUGUGGCUCUACGGGGAGCAGGAGGAGAUCACCGAGGUCGGCACCAUGAACCUCUUUAUCUACUGGACCAACAACAAAGGAGAGAGAGAGUUAGUGACUCCUCCUUUGGAUGGCAUCAUUCUCCCAGGAGUCACCAGACAGUCUCUGCUGGACCUCGCCAGAACCUGGGGUGAGUUCAAGGUGACGGAGCGUACGAUGGGGAUGAAGGAGCUGCUCAGCGCCUUGGACGCUGGGAGGAUCAUGGAGGUGUUCGGAGCAGGGACGGCCUGCGUGGUCUGUCCUGUCGGCAGCCUCCUCUACAAAGGAAAGACUUACCAGAUCCCGACUAUGGCGAAUGGUCCAGAUCUGGCAAAGAGGUUCUACAAAGAGCUUACUGAUAUUCAGUAUGGACGCAAACCAAGUGAUUGGGCACCACUCGUCGUUUAAACGGCCAUUUUGCACAUGCCAGUUGUAUCAACAGCUAGUCCCAUUCCAGAUGGGACAACCCUCCCCUUCUUCCCUUCCCUUCCUCUCAACCCACUAAUGCACUCCUGCUUAUUUACCAACCUGAGGAGACAGACGCCUCUCUCUGUCGGUCUUCUCAGGUAACUUUUACAGAUGUCCCUUUCUGUGUGGACUUGCAUAGGAAUACGAUUGGUGGUUGAAUGUAACAGCUUGCUUUGGAAAGCAAUAUUAACAACAUUAUGCAAUGUUUUGACUUGACGAGACCCCUAACCUGGAGGUUGCAGCUGUCAUUGGAAGGAAAAAAAAAAACAAACGCAAGCAAAUUGAUGAUCAAACUGUAACAAUUUUAAACAAAAUAGGCACAAACUGUAGCUAUAUAGGACUUAAAGGGUAACUCUGGUACUUUUGAAUCCGGGCCUUAUUUUCCCAUGUUACUGAGUUUGAUAAGGACAAAAAUCUCUGGAAUCAGUGCAGUAUUGAUCAAGAACGGUGUACCUGACAACUGCGAAUAGUUGCUGUAAUGUAAUCCAAAAUAUGUCCAUUAAAGUGCUUGUUUUCACCACUAACAGGUUCAGAUUGUUAUUAUAAGUAUCUGACAAAAUUAUGGAUAUAAUUCCUGCUGAAAAAGACUUUUUUUUAAUUAAAGAGUAAGAUUCUUUUAGAAACGUCACUAUAUACACUACCAGACUCCAUUGACAAAAACAAGAUUUUUACCGAGCAGAACAUGGAAGUUGUUGGAUUAACGCUGCCUUGAUUUGUUUAGUUUGUUUGUGUAACUGUGUGGUACUUUUACUUAUGUGACGGAUCUGAAUACAUCCUACGCCACUAAAGUCACACAAUUUAAGAGAGAAACUAACCGAUUGAGGCAGCAGAAGUUCAACAACUCCUGUGUUCUCUUCUGUAAAAUUCCUGUUUUUGUCAGUGGAGUCUGGUACUGAUAUAUAAUGAUGUUUCUGGUUAAACAAAGAGGAUCUUACUCUUUAAUCAAAAGGACUAUUUUUGUAGGAAUCAUAUCCAUAAUGUUGGCAAACACUUACAAUAACAAUCUGAGACUAGAAACAACCACUUGAGUGGACGUUUGCCCAUCAGAUUAGAUUACAUUGCAGCAGCUGUUCAUAGUUCCUAGCACACUGUUCUUAACCAACGCUGCACCAAUUCCACAGAUUUUUGUCAAAAUCAAUCAUUUACAUCUAAAAAAAACAUGGGAAAAUGAGGCCCAGAUCCAUAAAUACGUUAUCUUUUAACAUUUUUAAUAGUACUGUUUCUCAUCAACAAGUGCAUUAAAAUGUAUUUCAUAACAGAAAAUACUUAUAUCAACGGUUACCUGUACUACUUGCAACAAACCUGUGGUGUUUUUUUCUGAAAACUUAUUAACUGUUACAUGUGAGUAGUUGAAAUUGGAACGUGAUUACCUGUAAACACAUCAUAGGACUUUGUUACUGUUGUGUACGUAAUGAUCUGAGAGAGUAUUGCCGUAGUUUUCAUGGGGCCAUGUCACUUUGACACCAGAGUUUGCACUGACCUUGGUUAAAUGUAAGGUUACGUAUCUGAGUGUGACUCAGCUUUUUAGAGAGGGAACACAAACAGUUUUUAUGUUUUGUUUGUUAUGAAUACGACUGCACAAAAACUAAAGAUUGAGAUUAAAAGAGGGGAGGUCGAAGUGAACUUCUAGUGUGCACAAACGGUAGGACAACGCUGUAAAAAAGAAGGACUGUUAGAUGCUGGCAGUUACUCCUGCACUAGUUACUGUGUAAUCAUUAUGAAAACAAUGUAUAGUAACAAAUAGAUUGUGUUUGUUAUUUUAGAGGUUUUUAAAUUAUUUUUUUCCCCUCGUCUUGAUGUGAAAUUAGGUCGACUGUCUUCCAAAGUACUUGGCUGUGUUACCAGUGUUUUUGCUGUAUUCUGGGCUUCAUGUCCUUCCUUUGCUGGUUUUCCUCUCUUUGAAUGUAUUUUUAUUUUUACACACAAACUGUACACCUGUCCCUCUCUCUUCUGUCUAAGUGCCUGACCUUGGUCUGUUAGCUUGUUGCUGUCAGCUGCUGUUUUGUUUUUCCAGUUUGUGCACUAGGGGAUUUAGCUGGAUACUUUAAAAAAAUGUCAGUUUAGUUUUUUUUUUAAUGUGCUGUUACUUGGGUGUUAUGUUUUUACAUUAAACCUCUUACACGAGUUA